AUGUAUUCCACACUGGCGGGCUCAGUACUCACUGCGUUGACCCUUUGCUCGCUCAUACCACGCACAGAAGCACAGACGUACUCGUCAUGUAAUCCUCUUCUACAAAGUGGAUGUCCUGCAGACCCUGCUCUCGGCAGGACUGUCGACGUUGAUUUCACAGCAGGCUCCUCGAGCGAAUUCGGCGCCUCAGGAGCAGUAAGCUACACUUCCGACGGCGCAGCAUUCACGAUCUCCCAGCACGGCGACGCUCCAACCCUCUCUUCGAAUUGGUACAUAAUGUUCGGUCACGUCGACUAUGUGGUGAAAGCAGCUCCAGGAACGGGAAUAGUGAGCGCCGCUAUUCUGCAGUCUGAUUGCCUUGACGAGAUCGACUGGGAAUGGAUAGGUGGGGAUAAUACACAAGCCCAGAGCAAUUACUUUGGGAAGGGCAUCACAACAACUGGCUACAACCGAGGAGCAUUUCAUGGAGCACCCAACAACCAUGACGAGUUCCACACCUACAGCAUCGACUGGACUGCCGACCAGAUUGUUUGGUCGAUCGAUGGCACCACAGUUCGAGUUAUGACCCAAGACCAAGCAGAAGCCGGCCAGUAUCCCCAGACUCCAAUGUACGUCAAGUUAGGUACUUGGGCUGGUGGUGAUUCAUCCAACCCUGAAGGCACGAUUCAAUGGGCCGGAGGCGUUACCGACUACUCUGCGGGGCCCUUCACCAUGUAUGUGAGGUCUGUCCAUGUCACGGACUACUCGACAGGGUCACAAUACACCUACAGCGGUACCAGCGGUACCUGGCAAUCCAUCAGUUCGACUGGCGGCCAAAUCAACAGUGAAGGUGACGGUACUCCGGCUGCGACUGGAACAGCACCUGCAGUCACCUCCUCCGUGCCCAAUGAUGCACCGCUUGCUUUUGGCAACAGCGGCGACACCUCUUCGGUGUAUGCUACGCGAACAGGCUGGCCGUGGUCUGGAACGGCCACAGCCACAGCAGUGUCUGUGUCGACAUCUCCCUCCCUAUAUUCGUCUCCAUCGGUAGUAUCAUCUUCGGCCUCGGCCUCGGCUUCGCUUGAGGUUGUGACUUCUUAUGACGGACAAGGCUUUCCUACCAUCAUUACCAUCAACCCUGCGGCGCCAACAAUACCAACAAGUUACGACAGUCAGGGCUUUCCAAUUACCAGCACCAGCCUCAUUUCUGAGCCAACCUCUCAGCCUGCGACGGUACAAGGAUCGUCAAUCACAACCGCAUCAGGCUCCGCAUUGGUGAGCUCAGUAUCUUCGAAUUCGGCCUCAGCACCAUCCGAAGGCCCGAGCUCCGCAGCUUCAGCUCCACAGAGCUCCAGCGCUACAGCAUCGGAAGCCUCUGAGACCACAAACACGUCGUUCAUGACAAUUUCUACCUCAACACCCCUCGGUUUCAUCCCCACUUCGGGUUCGAGCUCAGUGUCCACCCCCGUCUCUGCCACGGCGUCCACAACCGUUAUUUCCGGCGAAACGGGGCUCGGGUUCGUCUACAACGUCACUUUCUUCGUCACUUCGGUCGUCCUCGCUCUCAAGCAGCGAGACCAGGAGCAGCAGGACCAGUACGGUCAGCUCACACCAAAGUACAUCCACGACAGCAUCAAGUCAAGUGUUGAGUGGAACAGCAACGAUUUCAGCAUCCGCUACAACAUCAGGCACGCCGCCUGCAGUGAAUCUUGCAGGAACCCGACAUUGCGCGAUCCACGGAAACUCUACUUCCUGACUGGGCUGUUUAUUGUCAUGCGCUUGAUUGCUCUUUUGAUCUAG